CUCCCUUUUCGCUAUGCAGCGCGUGGAAAAAACCCAGUGCUAUCGGUACAGUACACUCGCAUAUAUAGCUAAGAGAGUUUUCAAGGGAAGACACUAUGCGCGAAAUUAUGUCACGUCGCCGCAGUGAAUUUUCCUCGAAUAUGCGAGAGAGAGAGAGGGAGAGAGACGACUGAUGUAUGUUUUUGUUUUCGGAAUAUAUAGUUCGUGCAUUAGGGACGCUAGAGGACAUAGCGUCGCGGGCGUUGCGAAAAUUACUGUUGUUGAUUAAUCGAGGUCGAUAAGGACGAUCUCGCGUGUAACUCGGGGGUUUCGUUAUUUUUAGCGGAUGGAUUUGUUUCCCGGCGUAUAAUUAGCCUUGUAUUUUUCGUGCAAAGGUUUUUACCUGAUUGUUUUUGUUCCGAGAGCGUUUUCUCCUCGUUACAUUUACUCGUUUAUUUCGCUGCGGCGUUUGUUGGAAAAUAUUUUGUUUCAAAUAAGUUCGCGAUUUGUACGAUGAAGCGUAUCGCAAUGUCGGCGCGUUUUUUUCCUACAUAUGAGCGACGCUUCAAGCGUAAAUAGCAGGAGAAUUCGAAAGUAGAAAUUGUUCCUAAAACCGCGUCUUAGUUAUCGCUCAUUAUACUUUCCAAGCGCAUACGCGAUGUUUUCGUCGAUUCACUUGCGCCGGAAGUGUAUAGCUCUCUUGUCGUCGUGCUGAAGGAAAAAUUUUCCAAACCAGACUUCAUUAUAAGCUGCGCUAAUUUUCAAACAGGAAGAACUCGAUACGUUGAUUCACCUAUUUAACGCCUUUAUCAGUAACAGUCAGACCACAGCUGAUAACCUAGUAUAAAAAAGUUAAUAUACACAUAAACAUAGUGCGUAACAGCGCGCGGAAAAAUUGUCGUUUGCGUCAGUGUACCUAUACAACGAUGAAAAAGAUUCUCAUCGACGAUCUCGCGCUUUUCGCUCCAACUUGUUCGCGCUAUCUUACGCAAUGAAAUUGCGACUCGCAGCUGACAAAUUGAAAUUCAAAUCGAGCCCGUCGUCGGACGAGAGGGACUAAUUUUGAUGAUUCAAUUAAGAGUAAGUAUAUGCAUUGCACUCACCAUCUCGACAAAAACUAUAGCCCCUAAAACCAUCCGCGCGUAAAUCCACAACUCACGCGCGUGUGUGUGUGUGCGUGUGUGUGUGUGUAAAUGCUAUACUAUACAUACACAAGCGUGAGGCAGGAGAUGUGCGCGCAAGAAAAUCAAAUUAGCCGCACGUAUAGAGACUCGGCCAAGGUUUUUAGCUUUUCAGCCUCGCUCGCGGUCAAUCAAUAGGUCGCCGUCGUCGUCGCAAUUUUCGUACAAUACGCCUUAGAGUCUACACAGGAGGAAAAUUUUUUUUUGCCCGAGUUUCGCGCGACACGUGUUAUGACGAAGGAGGAGCUGCUGGUUCGUGGAGUGGCUACGAGAAUAGAGCCGAGAAUGUUGAUCGGAUUAAUUAUCUCGUGGCUCGUUUAUCGGGGAGGAGAUGCACUGAUCGGAGAUACGAAGGCGGGUGUCGCGUUGGAUUAUAUAUGCUUGUCACGUUUUCAAUUUCGUUCGGGUGAUACUGUACUAACGUUGAACAAAGAAAAUUGUAGAGAAUUUGUUUUGAAAACAACCCAAUAUUGAAGUAUAUGGAAGUGCUUUCCAUAUAAUUCACAUAAUAAUAGGCAUACUUCCAAGCGACCAUACAACAAUUGCGUAAAAAGCUUGCGGGUCAAAGUGACAUACACACACAAUUAUCCACCGGUUAAUUGUGUCGUCGACUAGUUUAUAACUUUGAUCGCUAAUUCGGUCGUGUCUUCGCGCCACGGCGACGACGAUUCAUCGAUCUAUACACCCCUUUAUUUUUGGGCUCGAACAUAGUCAAUCAGACGAUCUUCUGAAUUAUACACUGAAUCCUCGCGAUAAAACCGAUAGGUUCGUGAUAAAUUCACGCGGAAUUGUUUUUAUUCACGUCGAUGCGACAGUUAUUUAGUCACUGACUCGUGUGGUUAUUUCGGGGCGAGACACGUCGAGUUUUUACGGAAACGUUUCAAAAGUGUGCAGUGUCAACAACAAUAUUUUUCUUCGUGUUCUAUAAAUGUUUUCGUUAUCCGCGCGCGCGCGAGAGAGAGGGAGAGAGAGAGAGGGGGAGAGAGCAUUAGAUAACGAAAUCGUUAUUGGAGGUGGCCGGUGUACCGUAUACAUUUUACUGAGACUUGCAAAAAUGUUCUUUGAAUCGAGACUUCAGUUUCGUAUUUGAAAUGCAGUUUGACCGAGUGUCAGCUGGCGUAUGAACACAAUAGAAAGAAGACUGCUGAGGUCCGAAAUGCUAUGAUCGUCGAACCCUUGCAGCGUUUGUAUAAUAUCCUAUAUAGUCCUUUUGCCCACCCCGAGUAGUAACGAUUCGCGUGAAAAAGUGGUCAUACUUCCGGACAUCUAUAGUCUACUAGACCCUCCUUUGCAUAUUAUGAAACUUUGUUGAAGUGUCGUAAUUAAUAUAAACUUUGAAAAUUAGCAUUCGAAAUCGAAAUUAUAUCGAGUACUUGGCUCAUCCCUUCAUUUCAACUUCAUAUUUAAUUGCCAUACUUUUAAAAUAAAAAAAAAAAAAGAAACAACUGGAAUCGUUAGAAAACUGAGAAUUGUAACGAUAGUCCAAAGCCUCCACAGCGAUCAACCCGAUCACUUCUAAUUCUCACCGCUGCCACCGUCAUCAGCUGCCUCUCGCCACACGCGCAACCCCCUGCUUCAUCUGAGAAGCGCAAAACUUCGCGAGCUCGACCCUCUCUCUUUCUCUCUCAGUAUUCGCGAAUCAAUUAAAAGCCCAGCUCUCUCUCCCUCCCCCCUCGAGGAAAAAACGACCCUAUACCCACCAUAUACCGGCGGUAUACAGGCACUAGGCAGAGAGCUAGCUACAAGGGGGUACCAGUUUCCGCAACCUCCGUUCCUGCUCUUUUUCCCCUCUAAACUCGCCACACCACACAUCGCAGGCCUUCUCUUUCUCUCUCUCUCUCUCUCACUCGCUCUCUCGCGCCGUCGGCGCUUUCUCUGAUCUGUGCGUUCUAUAGCUAUAUGUAUAUCCACAGAGCAUAGCAGCCUAGCCGCUCCCCUCCGCGCCUUUUCGCUCCCUCUUGCCGAAUAUCCGCGCGCGCGGCGCCGCCGAUACACACCGCAUCCAGGCUCUCUCUGCUCCUGCGGGACCUUCUCGUUAGUGUGAGACUCGCCGCCGUCGACUGUCUGCAGUCGAAGCUGUUCUCUUUUAUAUACCUGCUCUCUUCCUUCUGCGACCGAGACUCGCUGUGUUUGUUUGUUUGCUUGUCGUUUGUUGCUGUCAUCGACGAUAUAUACCAGUGCACUUGAAAAAAAAAAAAAAUAAACAACUUAGUCCCCUGACAGACGGUGUGUGGAAAAGCUGUGCAGCACUCGAGAGCGUGCGCGCGCGUGCUGCGUGUGUGUGUGAGCGCGCUGCGGCGUUUUUCUUUGUUCUCGCGCUCGCGCGUGGGAAAAACGCGUCUCUCUCACUUAGGCAGUGUGUACAGGAGCGGCUUGGAGCUAUGGACGACGUCGAGGCUGCCUGAAGAGGAUCGUCCGAGUCACCGGCACUGACAGCUAUACACACAGCGUAUCCGCGUAGUAUACGUAUAUAUACGCGGACAGGCCAUAGUGCGAAAGCGCGAGAGAGACGGAAAGUGAGGUUAGGUGUCUUCUCGUCCGCGCAUAUACUCCGAUCACAGACAGAGAGAGCAAGCGAGGGAGUGCGUAUAUAUAAUAAUACAUGCACGGCGAGUUGCCGAGGACAUCAUGAGCGCACGCGUGAUGGACAAGAACGGCGGGGGUGGCCUGAUGAAGACGACCGCCGGCGUCGUCAAUCGCGUCGUCGAGGCUACGGCCAACAGCCUCCAGCAGCAGCAGCAACACGCCGACUGGCAGUCGAAUCCGUCGCCGCUCAAUCAGCCGGGACAACCGGGACAGAACGGCCAGAAUCUCCUGGUCGUAUCGCAGGACACACAAGGCAAGGAGCUCAUCGCGGUAGCCGACGAGCAGACCGUCAAUGGCGUCAACGUCGUCCUCGACUCGUACUGUUCGUGGUUACUGGAACUCGCACACCGAGAGUACCAAGCUGGGGACUAUGAAAAUGCAGAAAGGCACUGCAUGCAGCUGUGGAGACAAGAAACAAACAACACAGGAGUCCUACUACUCCUCUCCUCCAUACACUUUCAAUGCCGCAGACUAGAAAAGUCAGCCCACUACAGCACAUUAGCUAUCAAGCAGAAUCCAUUAUUGGCUGAAGCAUACAGCAAUUUAGGAAAUGUUUACAAAGAGCGAGGACAGCUCCAAGAAGCAUUGGAAAAUUACAGACACGCAGUUCGGUUGAAACCGGACUUCAUAGACGGUUACAUUAAUUUAGCAGCCGCACUGGUAGCAGCGGGAGACAUGGAACAAGCUGUGCAAGCAUACGUGACUGCUCUGCAGUACAAUCCAGAUUUAUAUUGCGUAAGGAGUGAUCUUGGUAAUCUAUUGAAAGCAUUAGCAAGACUCGACGAAGCCAAGGCAUGCUACCUCAAGGCUAUCGAGACGCGGCCGGACUUUGCCGUGGCCUGGAGCAACCUGGGCUGUGUUUUCAACGCACAGGGGGAGAUCUGGCUGGCCAUCCAUCACUUCGAGAAGGCCGUCGCACUGGACCCCAAUUUCUUGGACGCGUAUAUAAAUCUAGGGAAUGUUCUCAAGGAAGCACGCAUCUUCGACAGAGCUGUUGCCGCUUAUCUCCGUGCUCUGAAUCUCAGCCCCAACAAUGCAGUCGUCCACGGUAACUUGGCCUGUGUCUACUACGAGCAGGGGCUCAUCGAUUUGGCGAUCGACACAUACCGUCGCGCGAUCGAGCUACAGCCGAAUUUCCCGGAUGCCUACUGCAAUCUGGCGAACGCGCUCAAGGAAAAGGGUCAGGUGGUCGAGGCCGAGGAGUGCUACAACACGGCACUCCGCCUCUGCCCGACGCACGCUGACUCCCUCAACAAUCUGGCCAACAUAAAACGCGAGCAGGGAUACAUCGAGGAGGCGACGCGCCUGUACCUGAAGGCCCUCGAGGUGUUCCCCGAGUUUGCAGCAGCCCACAGCAACCUGGCAUCCGUCCUCCAACAACAGGGCAAACUCAACGAAGCCCUGAUGCAUUACAAGGAAGCCAUCCGCAUCCAGCCAACUUUCGCUGAUGCCUACUCAAACAUGGGCAACACCCUCAAGGAGAUGCAGGAUGUGCAGGGUGCACUUCAGUGCUACACCCGGGCCAUUCAGAUCAAUCCGGCUUUCGCGGACGCUCACUCGAAUCUCGCCAGCAUACACAAGGAUUCGGGCAACAUUCCCGAGGCCAUUCAGAGCUACAGAACAGCAUUGAAGCUGAAGCCCGAUUUCCCGGACGCCUACUGCAAUCUGGCUCACUGCCUGCAGAUCGUAUGCGACUGGACGGAUUACGAGGCAAGAAUGAAGAAGUUGGUGUCGAUUGUCGCUGAACAGUUGGAUAAGAACAGGCUGCCCAGCGUGCACCCACAUCAUUCCAUGCUGUAUCCACUGUCGCACGAUUUCAGAAAGGCCAUCGCUGCGAGACACGCCAAUCUGUGCAUUGAGAAGAUCCAUGUACUGCACAAACAGCCCUUCAAGUAUCCACGAGAAGCAGGAAUGCGUCUCAAAAUUGGUUACGUAUCUUCAGAUUUCGGUAACCACCCGACAUCACAUUUGAUGCAAUCGAUUCCCGGACUGCACGAUCGCAACAACGUCGAGAUUUUCUGCUAUGCCUUGAGCUCAGAUGACGGCACGACUUUCCGCGGCAAAAUUGCUCGCGAGUCUGAGCACUUCGUCGAUCUGUCGCAGGUGCCCUGCAACGGCAAAGCUGCCGAUCGCAUCAAUUCCGAUGGUAUUCACAUUUUGGUUAACAUGAACGGAUACACCAAAGGCGCGAGAAAUGAAAUCUUCGCGCUGAGACCAGCUCCCAUACAAGUUAUGUGGCUGGGAUACCCUGGAACCUCAGGAGCUAGCUUCAUGGAUUACUUGAUCACAGAUGAGGUCACCUCGCCUCUUGAACUUGCCAGUCAGUACAGCGAGAAACUUGCCUACAUGCCGCACACUUACUUUAUUGGAGAUCACAGACAAAUGUUCCCUCAUCUGAAAGAGCGUCUUAUCUUGACCGACAAGCUCAACAAGGGCAACAAACUAGCAGACAACGUAGCAGUAAUCAACGCCACAGAUCUGUCUCCAAUGAUCGAGAAUACCCUCGUCAAGGAGAUCAAAGAAGUCAUCGUGCCAGAGGGUCAGUCCAAGAGCAAAGCAGUUGAGAUCUCCAUGAAAGUUGCCGAGUUACCAACUACUACACCUAUCGAGACCAUGAUCGCAAGCGGUCAAUGCCAGAUGUCUGUUAAUGGAGUUGUAGUUCAAAAUGGCAUGGCCACUACGCAAGUUAAUAACAAAACCGCCACUGGCGAGGAAGUACCACAGAAUAUUGUUAUUACAACGAGACAACAGUACGGUCUGCCCGAGGAUGCGGUUGUUUACUGCAAUUUCAACCAACUGUACAAGAUUGAUCCUCUUACACUUCACAUGUGGGCAUAUAUUCUGAAAAACGUGCCGAACAGCGUUCUCUGGCUGCUGCGUUUCCCCGCUGUUGGCGAGCAGAACCUUCAGACAACAGCACAACAACUUGGCCUGGCUCCCGGUCGAAUUCUGUUCAGUAACGUCGCAGCUAAGGAAGAGCACGUGCGUCGUGGCCAACUGGCUGAUGUCUGCCUUGACACGCCACUGUGCAAUGGACAUACCACUAGCAUGGAUGUGCUGUGGACGGGAACACCUGUGGUUACGCUGCCUGGCGAAACACUGGCCUCAAGAGUAGCUGCCAGUCAAUUGAACACACUGGGCUGCCCAGAAUUGGUGGCACGCACGAGGCAAGAGUAUCAAGAGAUCGCCGUCAGGCUAGGAACAGACAGAGAAUUCUUGAAAGCCAUACGCGCAAAGGUCUGGGAGGCACGAUCAAAUAGCCCACUAUUCAACUGUAAAAUGUAUGCUGCUGGCAUGGAAAUGCUCUACAAGAAGAUGUGGGAGCGUUACGCGCGAGGCGAGAAGCCUGAUCACAUAGCCGCAAUCGACAAAGCGGACAACCAGAAUGAGACGACCAUUUCAUAAUUUACACGCUAAAAUGCAUCAAAGAAAAAAAAUGAUUAAAAAAUGCAAGUUGGCACUGGUGGCCAUUUGAUCUCCAGAGCUCGUACAAUUUUCUCUCUGUAUUAGCUGCAAACAGAAAAAUGAAGAAGGGAAGUUUAAUUUUCGUGAACCUAUAGCAUUUACAAAAUAAACAAAGAAGCGAGGUUGGCGAGCUCGCCAUCGCUUUUCAACUUACUAUCGACUACGAGAAAGACUUUGCUAGCUGAGCGAGCUUAAUUGUUCGCUAAUUUUGUUGUUGUUCCAACAAGACUCGUUUAAGGGUUUUAAGGCACUCGUUUCGACAAUCGACGAGCUGACGUCUUUAGGAGAAAUCUUUGAAACAUUUAAAUGAUAUAUAGUUCUUUUCGGUAUGACUAUGCGCGUUAUAUGCUAUUUAUUUGAUGACAUAUUGAUGAAUAGGUACAUUCUGUACGGGGGUCGUUGAUAUAAAAAGUAAUUUUCUUUGAUUUUUCUAACGAACACAGUAAUCAACACUGAUAUUGUCUCUUUCUCACGCAUUAUGACAAGCUACGAACCUUUAUUUUACAUAUAUUUUUACCCCCAUGAUCGAGUUUGUAUUCGCAACUUUUAAUUUUUCUUGAUAAAGCCAAUGAAUACAAGCCCUUUUGUGAAAGAAUAUCGAAGAAACUAUUAAAUGUGACAUCGCACCGAAUAAGACAAAAAAACAUUGAAUGUCUAAUGAUUUAAUAAUACAUGGUGUGAACGUGAUUGAUGAUGGAGUCACUUUUAUGAUUGUAUAAAUUGCCGAACGUUUAUCAAUACACCUGUAAAUAAUUAAAAAAGAUGCUAAUUACGAACAGUUACUUUAACCUCGUUUAUAGUUAUUAGCUUAAGGUAAGCUCGAGAGAUGUGUGGAACGUUACGUAUAAAUCGUAUAGUGAGUAUGUACAUUUAGGAAAUAAAAAUAAUACAUAUUUAAA